AUGAACGGCACCACCAGUCCCAUCGCCGCCCGCUCCAAGCGCAAGGAGCCGCCCCAUACCGUCGAUGGCCGCCACCCCAAGCACCACCGUACCAACGGCGAGGUGGCCCCGGCUGCCGACAACACCCCCGACAACCAAGACGAGUUUGAGGGCGAAUUCGGGGUCGAGCUCGAAGAGUACGAGGAUGCGAGGUUGCCGGCCGUCCUCCCCACCGGCCCGGACACGGCUGAGUGGCAGGCUACAAUCCAAAGAGUUGUGAGAAACGUCGUGUCCAUUCGGUUCUGCCAGACUUGCUCGUUCGACACAGACCCAGCCUUGACAAGCGAGGCGACGGGUUUCGUCGUGGAUGCUGAAAGAGGAUACAUCUUGACAAAUCGCCACGUCGUUGGCUCGGGCCCCUUUUGGGGUUACUGCAUCUUCGAUAACCACGAAGAGGUCGACGCAUACCCCGUCUAUCGCGAUCCCGUCCACGACUUUGGCAUCCUCAAGUUCGACCCCAAGGCGAUCAAGUACAUGCCCGUGGAUGCGCUUCCGCUGCGACCAGACCUCGCCAAGGUCGGCAUUGAGAUCCGAGUCGUCGGCAACGACGCCGGCGAAAAGCUCAGCAUUCUAUCCGGUGUUAUUAGUAGAUUGGAUCGCAACGCGCCCGAAUACGGCGAGGGGUACAGCGACUUCAACACGUGCUACUACCAGGCCAGCGCAGCAGCCAGCGGUGGUAGCUCCGGCUCUCCGGUUGUUAACAUGGACGGGUAUGCUGUUGCGCUGCAGGCUGGCGGGAGAGCGGAUGGUGCCGCGACCGACUACUUCCUACCGCUUGACCGGCCGCUGCGGGCGCUGAAGUGCUUGCAGGAAGGGAACCCGAUUACCCGUGGUGACAUCCAAUGCCAGUUUGUGCUGAAGCCCUUCGAUGAGUGCCGGAGGCUAGGCUUGACCCCGGAGUGGGAGGCCCAGAUCCGCAAGGCUUUCCCUAAGGAGACCAACAUGCUGGUUGCCGAGAUCGUCCUUCCCGAAGGCCCGUCGCACAAGAAGGCCGAGGAGGGUGAUGUCCUGAUCAAGGUGAACGGUGAGCUGCUCACCCAGUUCAUCCGCUUGGACGACAUUCUGGACUCGAGCGUCGGCAAGCCCGUCAAGCUCCUGCUGCUCCGGGGUGGCGAGGAGAUCGAGGUAGAGAUCGAGGUUGGUGACCUGCACAGCAUCACCCCCGACCGCUUCGUCUCGGUGGCCGGUGGGAGCUUCCACAGCCUCUCUUACCAACAGGCGCGUCUGUACGGCGUCGCCUGCAAGGGUGUUUUUGUAUGCGAGGCUGGCGGGUCGUUCCGAUUCGAUAAUGCCGAGAAUGGAUGGCUCAUCCAGACGGUCGACCACAAGAAGACGCCAGACCUUGAGACGUUUAUCGAGGUGAUGAAGGGCAUCCAUGACAAGGCCCGUGUGGUGGUCACGUACAAGCACCUGCGCGACCUACACACUCUUAACACGACCAUCCUGCACAUCGACAGGCAUUGGUCCAAGAAGAUGAAGCUGGCUGUCAGGAACGACGAGACGGGGUUGUGGGACUUCACCAAUCUUGCGGACCCCCUCCCGCCGGUUGCGCCGAUACCCAGGAAGGCGGACUUCAUCCAACUCGAGCAUACUUCGCACCCCGCCGUGGCCGACCUGGUCCGGAGUUUCGUGCAUGUUAGCUGCGUCAUGCCGGUCAAGCUAGACGGUUUCCCUAAGAAUCGAAAGUGGGGCAUGGGCCUGGUCAUUGACGCAGACAAGGGCCUCGUGGUGAUAUCGAGAGCCAUUGUCCCGUACGAUCUCUGCGACAUCACGGUUACGAUUGCCGAUUCCAUCGUGGUUGAGGGCAAGGUCGUGUUCCUCCACCCCUUGCAAAACUAUGCCAUCAUCCAGUACGACCCGAAGCUGGUCGACGCCCCCGUUCUCAGCGCCAGGCUCAGCUCACAGGAGAUCACGCAAGGCGCUUCGACCUACUUCAUCGGUUACAACCGGAUAGGCCGCAUUGUGCACGCGGCGACCACGGUCACCGAGAUUUUCGCCGUGACCAUACCGGCGAACUCGGGGGCGCCCAGGUACCGCGCCGUCAACGUGGACGCCAUCACGGUCGACACCAGCCUCAGUGGGCAGUGCGGUAGCGGUGUGCUGGUGGCCCAGGACGGCACCGUCCAGGCGCUCUGGCUAACGUACCUCGGCGAACGCAACCCGUCGACGCAUCGCGAUGAAGAGUAUCACCUCGGUCUCGCCACGCCGACGUUGCUGCCGGUGGUGGAGCAGAUCCAGCGGGGAGUCGACCCCAAGCUCCGGAUGCUCUCGGUCGAGUUCCGGGCGAUCCAGAUGUCGCAGGCGCGGCUGAUGGGGGUGUCGGAGGAGUGGAUCCAGAAGGUCUCGGUCGCCAACACGGCGCACCACCAGCUCUUUAUGGUGACCAAGCGCACGUUCGAGCGCAACGAGCAGGAAGAGGCGGCGGCGCUCCUCGAGGGCGACGUCGUGCUGUCCCUCAACGGCAAGAUCAUCACCAAGAUCUCGGACCUGGACAUCAUGUACUCGAACGAGCAGCUCGACGCCGUCCUCGUGCGCAACUGCGAGGAGCUGAGCCUCAAGCUGGACACGGUGGCGGCCGACGACGUCGAGACGACGCGGGCCGUCUCGUUCUGCGGCGCCAUCUUCCACGCGCCCCACCACGCCGUGCGCCAGCAGAUCAGCAAGUUGUUCAGCGAGGUCUAUGUCUCGGCCCGCACGCGCGGCUCGCCCUCGUACCAGUACGGUCUGGCGCCGACUAACUUUAUCACGCACGUCAACGGGAAGCCCACGCCGGAUCUGGAGGCCUUCCUGGCCGAGGUUGUCAAGAUCCCGGAUAAUACCUACUUCCGGCUCAGGGCCAUGUCGUUCGACAGCGUCCCGUGGGUGGUCACGAUGAAGAAGAACGACCACUACUUCCCGACCAUGGAGCUCAUCAAGGACCCCAAGGAGGAGUGCGGCUGGCGGCGCAUCACGUACGAGGGCGGGAAGGUGAUCCAGGGCGAGGGACCCGAUGGGGUGGUCGGAUCGGCUGGUGAGAUCACAGAUAUGGAUGUGGACGCGGAUGUGUGCGGUUAA